UAUUUCCACUUCUAUAUGCUUUCUGGCAAUAAGUUUCUCUGUAUGCAUCAUCCUCAUACAGAGGCCGGGGUUAUCCUUCUUUUCGAAAAAUGAUAUAUGACUAGCAUUAGCAUUAUUUUGAUCCGUAGUCUGAACCAAAAAAGAAAGACGAUUUGAUGAACUGUUUGGGACAACUGUUACUGUGAUUUGUAGUCUGAACUGAACUAUUUUGAUCAAUUGUUUGCAGCUCACCGAAUCGAGGAUGAGCUGCGCCGUCCCAGAAGCCCCCGCCGGAGAGGAGAAGAAGACUUCAUGGUCGGAGGUAGUGGGAAAGUCCAUUGAGGAGGCCAAGGCGAUCAUCCUUAAGGACAUGCCUGACGCUGGCAUCGAUGUCCUUCCUGCUGGCUCGGUGAUGACCCUCGACUUCAGGACCAACCGUGUCCGCAUCAUCGUCGACACUGUCACGACCACCCCUUCCUUUGGUUAGCAAGCUUUGCUAGCAAGAGAUAAAAUGGAUGCACUUAUGCAUGCUGAUGAAUAAGUAGUUUCAGUAAUCAUGAAUGAAUAAAUACACGCUGACCAAUGGCGUGUGUCGAUGUACUUAUGGUUCAAUGGACUCCAGUUAUUUUUAGUUUAUGAGAUGUCGGCU